CUGCCAGUAAGGGAGAGAAAGGGAGGAAGUUCACACAACUUUGUUUAUUCUACUCAGACUGGGGCCACAGCGAGGCGCAGUGACAAAUCAAGACAUUGGAGCAGUGGAAAAGUGGACCACAGGGAGCUAUGCCGAGAUUCUCCCACUGUCUGACUGUACUGACAGACACAGAUAGGAGGGAGCCCUCUAAGCCAACACAAAAUAUGGCUACCAAAUCUAUGCGCUUCCUCUGCCUUUUAGGCAUUCUCUUUGGGAUUGCCUCUUCAUCGUCUGCUGUCAGAUUUGGAACAGAGCAACAGACAUCAUUGAAAGUUUGCACUAAGGGAUUUUUCCUUAGUGAGCAAAACAAAUGCUUGCCCUGUAACUGCAAAGGCCAUGCUGUUCACUGUGAGGACAUCACAGGCAUUUGCUUUAAUUGCAGCGAUCACAGUAUGGGUGAUUUCUGUGAAAUGUGCGAAGAUGGCUACAUGCUGGCACCUAGCCAGGUUGGACGCCACAGCUGCCAACCCUGCGCCUGCCCUCUUUCUGUCCCCUCAAAUAAUUUUGCAGUCCAUUGUGACAGGCAAGGUGACAUUCAACGGUGCAAGUGCAAAGAGGGUUAUGCUGGACAUAUCUGUGAGAGGUGCGCUCCGGGUUACUAUGGCAUGCCAAUGACAGUUGGUGGUUCCUGCAAGAGAUGUGACUGUAAUGACAACUCUGACCCAAACUUGAUCUUUAAUUGGUGCCACAAUGUGACCGGCCAUUGCCAGCACUGCUGGGGCAACACUGGCGGGCCGAAUUGUGAGAGGUGUGCACAGGGUUUCUACGGUGAUGCCAUCGGUGCCAAGAACUGCAGAGAGUGUGAGUGCAAUAAAUGCGGCACAUCAUCAUGUGAUGACAGGACCGGAGUGUGUCACUGCAAACCAGGCGUCACCGGACGACUCUGUGACCGCUGUGAGGAGGGUUACUCGGGUUUCUCCAGCUGCCAAGGAUGUCACAGAUGUGAAUGCAGGCCAGCUUCUCUUCGUCCCACCUGCCAUUCUCUCACUCACAGCUGUUUGUGCCGCCCGGGCGCCGGAGGUCGUUACUGUGAGAGGUGCCUCCCAGGCUUUUGGGACUAUAGUGCCUCUGGCUGCAAGAAGUGUGACUGUGAGAGCGGUCAUUGUGAUAUGCAAACAGGAGAGUGCCUACCAGAGCCUGCAACGGUUAACCUGUGCAAUAUCAGUUGUGAUGAAUGUAUUUGGCAUGUUAUCGGAGACCUGCGGCUGUCCAACAAAACGCUGGACCAUUUGAGGGUUGGAGUGUUGAACAUUUCGACUGGGGCUGCUGUGAAUGACAGAGUCAAAUACUAUAACUACACUGCUCAACACCUGCAGAAUCAGUUCCAUGCCUGGAGAAACAAACUGUCUGAAAUAAAAACAGAGACUGGGGGAGUGGAAGACUCCACACAAGAUAUCGUAUCAUACAUAAAAAAGCUCAGUGAAUCGGAAAAGACGGCGAAGAGUCUGGGGAACCAACUUGAUGAGGAUACGCUGCAAAACUUAAUGCACGCGGAACAUUUUAGCAAAAACCUCACAGACCUCAACAUGCGCAUUGAAGAAAUGAUCCAUGAAUGGGAGCUGUAUAGUGUUUACCGGGAAGCGGACCCCGAGUUGGUCAAGAGAAACACAGACGAAGCGAUAAGUACUCUGAGCAACAUGAGGAAUCUUGAUUUGUCUACACAAGGGCCUUUAACUAUUGAAGAGUCAACAGAAGCCCAUGACUUGCUCAGGCGUAUUCGUCAGUUGGAAAAGAAGUCAUUGAUUACACAUGGACAUCUCAACCCACUCAAGUUAGCUCUGUCUCGCGUCACUGCCAAGCUGUCUGACGCUCAGUCCUUCCUCCGGAAUGCAACCAGUACAAUUGAGGAGAUGCGGGAUAGGAACAGCGGCAAUGUCCUCAAAUUCCAGAGGAUUGAGGCAACGCAGCAGAAGAUGGCAGCAGAGUUUACCGCUAUACAAAACAGUACAGAAACAGCCAAAGACAUAAUUUCUAAAUCACAAGCGAACAUGGCUGAGGUGGAUACGUUGGUCAAGAAUAUAACACAGUACCAUGCAGCAAUUGAUGGUGCCAGCCAAAAGCUAACAGAGAAGAUGGAACAGCUCUCAUCCGCUGAUACGGAGUUGAUUAGAAGGGCAGAUGAGCAUGCUGAAGAGCUUGAACAACGGGCCACCAAACUGGAGGAGGACCUGCGAGAGAGUGAUACCAAUGGUUUUGUGCAGAAAGCCAUAAGUGCUGCGAAUGUCUACACAAAUAUAGUGAAAUACAUCAACAACGCCAAUAUCACAUCACUUACAACCUUGAACUUAUCCCACACAGCAAAUGAAUCCGUCACUGGGAUCAACAUGCAGCUGAAUGAUCUCGUGGUAAAAUGUGACAAUGUUUUCAAGGAGUCUGUUUCGCUGCAUUCUGAACAAAUAGAAGUAGAAGCUGAGGUGGUUGACAAGCUGAAAUACAUUGAAGAGACCAAAGAGACCUUGGAUAAAAACACCAAAAAACUUGAAGAAAUGAUGCAGGAUAUUUCUGAAAUUGAGACAGCCAGCACCAACAAGCGACUGGAGUAUACACUCAACGUGGCUGAGGGAACUCUUAACCGCUCAGCCGCAGUGCUUGAAACAAUUACGCCCAUCAGUAACAAAGUAGAGGAAUGGGCCAACAAUCUGAGCGAAAAUAAAUACUCUACAGCUGCGUAUGAGCAAGCCAUUGACUCUGCAAAGGAAUCAGUGGAUCACCUCCAAUUUCUUGUUCCCGAGCUUCUGGAUAAGCUUAAGGUGGUGGAGCAGAAGAAGCCUGUCAAUAACAUAACCGCCAAUGUCAUGAGAAUCAGAGAACUCAUAGCCCAGGCCAGAAGUGUGGCAAAGAAGGUUCAAGUGUCCAUGAAGUUCAAUGGUCAGUCUUCAGUGGAGAUUCAUGCUGAUACCAACCUGGAAGAUCUGAAGGCAGUGACGUCCAUCAGCUUAUUUAUGAGAGUUGACCCAGAUCAGGACCCAAUAGAGGACCGUUUCAUUUUAUAUCUGGGUGACAAAAAUGGUAGGAAAGACUACAUGGGACUUGCCAUCAAGAAUGACAACCUUGUGUACAUGUAUAAUCUUGGUGGUGAAUACGUGGAAAUCCCACUCAGCUCAAAGCCUGUGAGCCAAUGGCCUGCUGUCUUCAACUACAUCAAAGUAGAGAGGUUGGGUAGACAUGGGAAGAUCUACUUAGUCAUCCCCAGCCAGAGAUCCACAGAUGAACAGAAGUUCAUUCAGAAAGGCGAAGCCCCAGGAACUGACUCACUUUUUGACAUUGACCCGAAAGACAUGGUGUUCUUUGUUGGGGGUGUCCCACCAGAUGCAAAGGUCCCACCACCUUUGACUCUUGCUCCCUUUGUGGGCUGCAUCGAGUUGGCCUCGCUGAACAAUGAUGUGAUCAGUCUAUAUAAUUUCAAAAACACUCAUAAAAUGGAUGUGGCUAAAUCAACACCAUGUUCCAGGUACAAACUGGCUUUUUCACAGAGUCGUAUUGCGAGCUAUUUAUUUGAUGGAAAAGGCUACGCACUGAUCAACAACAUCGAGCGGAGGGGGAAAUUUGGUUACGUCACACGAUUUGAUGUUUCAGUGCGAACGGUGGCAAACAAUGGAGGACUUUUCAUCAUGGUCAAUGCUGAUAAAUUCUUUCUUUUAGAAAUCAAAAAUGGAUAUUUGCGCCUAAUGUAUGACUUUGGCUUCAAUGAUGGGCCAAAACUUUUGGACGACCACAUACCAAAGCUAAAAAUAAACGAUGCAAGAUACCACGAGAUAUCAGUGAUCUAUCAUCAGUCAAAGAAGGUGAUCCUUCUGGUGGACAAGAGCCACGUUAAAUCUAUGGAGAAUCCGAAAACCACUCUGCCAUUCUCGGAUAUCUACAUAGGUGGGGCACCCUCACACAUUCUCCUAUCUAGGCCCGAGCUGUCCGCUGUGGUUGGCCUCAAAGGUUGUGUCAAAGGCUUCCUGUUCCAAAAAAAAGACUUCAACCUCUUAGAGGAGCCUGGCACCAUCGGCAUCAGUAGUGGGUGCCCUGAGGAGUCUUUUGCAUCACAUAAAGCCUAUUUCAUGGGUGAGAGCUACUUGAAAUCCUCAGCAAAGAUUUCACCAUUUGACAAUUUUGAAGGAGGCCUCAACUUCAGAACCGUUCAAGCCAGUGGAGUUCUGUUCUAUCACAAUGAAGGGUCUGACGAAUUCAGCAUCUCCCUUGAGAACGGAGCAGUGGUGAUGAACUCACAUGGAACAAGAGUUAAAACGCAUAAGAAACACUAUAAUGAUGGAAGGACGCACUUCUUAUUGGCUUCGGUGAAUAAUCAGAAGUAUUUAUUAUUGGUGGACGACAAAGACAAGCAGGAGAAGAUACGCCCACAAUCGGUCACAAGACCCUCUUCCGUUUCGACCGGAAAGAACUUCUACUUUGGGGGCUCACCAAAGAGCAGUUUAAAGAACUUUACAGGCUGCAUUAGUUAUGCCUACAUAAACAGACAAGACCGAGAUAUUGAGCCUGAAGACUUUCAGCGCUACACCGAGAAUGUCCAGGCUCUCCUGCAGGACUGUCCAUUGCAAAAGCCUCCUGCUGUUCUUUCAACAAGGCACAGGGAUGACAAAUCUAUCGCCAAACGGAGGGUAUCACGUAAGGUCAGCAAGGAUGAAUCCGUAUAUUUAAUGAAGGUUGCUCCCUGCCAUCUCCCAAGUCACCAAGCAACACAACAUGCCUACCAAUAUGGCAGCUUUGCAAACAGUAGGCAGCACUACAGAAAGCUUCCAGAAUCCCUUUCUCAUAAGUCCAACUUUUCCUUAUCCCUAAAGACCAACGCAUCCUUUGGCCUCAUUUUUUAUGUGUCUGACAUCCAUGAGAGGAACUUUAUGACUCUCUUUCUGGCCAGUGGUAGACUUGUAUAUACUUUCAAUGUAGGUGAUCAGCGUGUGGAAAUCUGGAGCGAGGAAAAUUAUAAUGAUGGAGCAUGGCAUAAUGUUAUUUUUAUCCGUGAUGGAAGUAUGGGAAAAUUGAUCGUCGAUGGACUCACAGUGUUGGAGGACAGAGUUAAAGGCAAAGCUGUGCCUUGGCAUGUCAGCAGUCCUCUCUAUUUUGGAGGCGUACCUCCAAAGCGAGCACAAAAAAAUAUUCAGGGCAACUCGGUAAACAGCUUUUCUGGCUGUUUGAGGAAUAUCCAGCUCAAUGGGCAUUGGUUGUCAUCUGCUGAUAAAACAUUUGGAGUGACACCGUGUUUUGAGGGACUCACCGAGGCAGGAACAUUCUUUGCAGUGGAAGGAGGCUACGUACUUUUGGACACGCUUGACUUGGGACCGAGAUUUCAACUCGAAAUGGAGGUCCGGCCCCAGGUGACAUCGGGUUUACUUCUGCAUGUGCCCAGAGCAGAGGGUUAUUUUUCACUGUACAUUCAUCAAGGAGCAGUGGUGGCCGUUUUGACUGAUGGGACACACGAAUUAUUGGCAACAGUUUCUCCAAGGCGGGCUCUAUGUGCUGGCCACUGGCAUAGAAUUGCAGUGAUGAAAGAUAUGGGCAUCCUCAAGUUGCAAGUAGACCAACAGGUCCAUAAUGUGGAUGGGUUUCUGAAUCUUCACUCUACAGUCAUCACAAAGAUUUUUAUUGGUGGAGUUCCAGAUCCCUCCCUUCCAGGCAGCCAUGUAACCAAGGAGCCUUAUGUAGGAUGUAUGAGGAACCUGAAAAUCAACAACAGCGGAGUGAGCUUCACUGACGUAGCUCUGGUCAGCGGAGCGGUCAGCGUAGGAUCCUGUCCGGCUGUGAAAUAAAGUAAAAAUGCCAACUGUUCCCAAUGCCUUAUUAAAAACAA